UAAACAAGCUUAAAUCAUUAAUCAUCAAUGGUUUAGUAAACCGGGUAUACUUAUAUAUUAAUUAUAAGUAUUACUUUCUUCUUAAAACCUAAAAUAAAAAGAGAAGCAGCGCAGCCAUUCUUCAUCACCAGCAUCUCUGGCCAUCUCCACGUUCUUCUCUCUCUUAGCGGGUUCAACGAUCAUAAUUUACCUUCAUCUUCCUGGAGAGUUGUUCUGCAUAACACAUCUGAGACCAGUAUUGAGGAAAUUCGGGAAUGGAUUAUCAAAUCAUGGAAUUUUGAUGCCAAACUUUCGUGAACGAAUCCACAAACAGUCAACUUCAUAAACGUUUUCCCGUUUAUCCAGACUGACCUAGAAAACGUGCGAGAUACCAUUGGAAAGGUCUCGUUCUCAGCUUUCCGAAUCAUCAUUUAGAUCGUCAAACCGAGUUGACCGCAUCUUCCGUUGUUCAUCUCGGUCAGUGGCUAAGGUGAGACCGACGAGUAUGAGAUUGAUCGGACAACUGGUGUUUCUAGGCGUUUUCAUUUGUUUUAUUCUCAGACUUAUAUUUUAUUAUUUCUGGCGAUUAUUUCAGUACUUCAGUUACGGAGAUUUUAUGAUUAUUUAUUAUUAUUAUUUUUAUUAUUUAAUUUGGAGAAUGCGGGUGUGACAGUCUUAGUCUGAGAUGGUUGGUUAAGAAAGUGAACGUGUGGCUCUAUGUGUCCAGCCUCGGGGAGAACAGUCACUAUCUGCCACCGGGUGAUUUGGGUUGGCCUUUCAUUGGCAACAUGCCGUCUUUUCUCAGAGCUUUCAAGACCUCUGACCCUGACUCCUUUGCCCGCUCCUUAGUCAAAAGGUAUGGACCUAAAGGUGUCUACAAAACACACAUGUUCGGGAACCCAAGCAUAAUAGUGACAACACCAGAUACUUGCCGGCGUGUGCUGACGGAUGACGAUGCGUUCCGGCCAGGUUGGCCAACAUCUACGAUGGAACUCAUUGGAAGGAAGUCGUUCAUCGGUAUUCCUUACGAAGAACACAAACGCCUCAGGCGUUUGACUGCUGCACCGGUCAACGGCCAUGAAGCUCUUUCUCUCUACAUACCUUACAUCGAAGAGAACGUUAUCACCGCCCUAGACAAGUGGAGCAAGAUGGGAGAGUUCGAGUUCUUGACUCAUCUGCGUAAGCUUACCUUUAGGAUCAUCAUGUACAUCUUUCUCAGCACCGAGAGUGAGAACGUCAUGGACGCGUUGGAACGAGAGUACACCGCUCUUAACUAUGGAGUGAGAGCGAUGGCGGUUAAUGUUCCUGGCUUUGCUUAUCAUAGAGCACUCAAGGCGAGGAAGAAACUUGUGGCUGCGUUUCAGUCUAUAGUGACUGAGCGCAGAGUUCAAAGGAAGCAGAACAGUUCGUCCAAUAAGAAAGAUAUGCUGGACAAUCUCAUUGAUGUUGAAGAUGAAAAUGGGAAAACUUUGGAUGACGAAGAAAUUAUUGAUGUUCUUCUGAUGUAUCUUAAUGCUGGUCAUGAAUCAUCUGGCCACACCAUUAUGUGGGCUACUAUUUUCCUUCAGGAGCACCCUGAGUUUCUUCAAAGGGCAAAGGCCGAACAAGAGAUGAUCCUGGAGAACAGGCCUAAGGGACAGAAGGAACUUACUCUAAAAGAAACUAGACAAAUGGAGUUUUUGUCGCAGGUUGUUGAUGAGACACUUCGAGUCAUUACAUUCUCACUUACCGCAUUUCGGGAGGCAAAGACUGAUGUUGAAAUGAAUGGCUAUUUGAUCCCAAAAGGUUGGAAGGUUUUGACAUGGUUUAGGGAUGUCCACAUGGACCCUGAAGUCUACUCGGAUCCAAGAAAGUUUGAUCCUUCUAGAUGGGAUAAGGGGUUUAUACCAAAAGCUGGUGCCUUCCUUCCUUUUGGUGCUGGAAGCCAUUUAUGUCCAGGAAAUGAUCUCGCUAAGCUCGAGAUUUCUAUUUUUCUUCAUCAUUUCCUCCUCAAAUAUCGGGUGAAAAGGAGCAACACAGAGUGUCCAGUGAUGUACUUGCCUCACACCAGACCAACUGAUAAUUGCUUGGCAAGAAUCAGUUAUCAGUAAAACAUGAUUCAAAUAAGAUGCUGUUAGUAAAAGUUCUGCUCAUCAGUUAAAUUUGUUCGUGGACUCUUUGUCUCUCUUCGGUUUGAAACUGCGCUAGUCUUUUUACUCUGUUCCAUGAAACAGAGCUCUUCGUCUCUUUAUUUUGUUAUUUUAUUUAAUAUUAAAACUCUUUAUAUUAAGGUGCUUGCUUUAAUAUUCAUUUCAUUUUGUAAUAAGAGUCAUUUUGAUAUUUUCACACAAAUUAAAAAAAUUGAAAUAUAAAGAUUUUUAUUA